UUGCUUUCUUUUUCAGCCUCAAUCUACUAGGCAGAGAGAGAGAGAGAGAGACAUAGAGAGAGAGUGGCUUCAUGGGAAAUUGAACACUGAGCCUUCCCACUCCUCCUCAUGCUGCUGCUGCUGCUUCUGAAGUCACGGCUCCCUCUACAGUUUGUACAGUGGAAAGAUUUUUUUUUUUUUCCAUCCAGUGCAGGAAAACAAUCAAACUGCCUGUGCUGAGGAGUCGGGAGGACAUAACGGAGACGGAGCCCGGAGAUCACUCACUCACACACACACACACACACACACUCACACACUCAGCUGUACUUGUGUGAGAUGUGCGUGUCAGUCGAAGCGAAGGACGCGUUCAUAUCCGGACGAGACUCCGCGCGACCACAUCUGGAUUUUCUUGCUCCUCAUCUGGGGGGAGAGAGAGAGAGAGAGAGAGAGAAGGCUGAUUUACCGCCUUCUCCGAGAAUAAUGUCUCAUUCUCUGAAUACUUGAGGAGUGACGACAACUUUCCCCUCUUUCCGGACUUCAGUGGACUCAAUCGUGGGAGAUAAAGGGGGAGAAGAGGAGGAAGAAGAAGAGAAAUAAAGGAGGAUUUAACAAUGCGAGCGGAUCGAUUUCCUGAUCGGGAUUUGCAGUUUUAAAGCAGCAGACAGUUUUUUUUUUCUUUUUGGAGGGGGGUCUCCGCAAGCGAUGCUUUCCGCGGAGAUGCGAGGUUCGCCGAGGUUCACGUCCGCGGAUGUUGCAGCUCGCCCGGGCUGCACACGGAGCCUUUGGGUGGCUGUGAUUGGACCGGACACGGACUGGGGCUGACUGAUGUUUGUCCGAGAGGGAAAUGUUUUGGAGGAGGAGAUCAAUAUGAGUUACUGGCGCACAGGUUAGAAGGUGUGUGUGGAAGAGGAGGAGGAGGAGGAGGAGAGAGAGAUGCCAGUCUUCUGGAAAACAUGCAGGCAUGAGGAUUUGUUUUUUGUUUUCUCUCCUGGAUUUAAAAUGAAAACAGAGCAGAGAAACCUCCCGAACAUGAGACAUUAACGUGUGUUCAAUCUCCAGACUGUCAUGAGUGGAUAUGGAUUGUGUUUGUUGCACUUUUUUUUUUUUUCUUUUUAACCCCCUUUUUCUUGACUAUCAUGCACUGGACUUUGAUGCUGCAUCAUGUGUCUUCUAAGAUAUAAUCUUGUUUUGGACUGAAACUGAUAUAUUUCAACUGGACAUUAACCAAAAAGUUAUGGAACAUUACAGAAACAUUUCCAAGGAGGAAAACAAUCAGUUUCCCAAUUUUAAAAUCCACUAAAAAAUAAAUAAAUAAAAUAAAAUGCCCGGCAACAUGGCAGCAGGCUGGGUGGCAUGUUGUGUGUUUUUCCUGCCGCUCCUCGCAGUGGGGAACGCCUUCUCGGGGGUCUUCAACACCACGGACAGAGACAUUUUCACGGACGAUCUGCUCCAGGUCAAGCUCACACAAGCCAGAGCGACCGAGCAGUGGAAGCUCCAGUCCGCCGCCUCCCAUCCCAACCUAUAUUUUAACCAAGUCGAUGUGUUGCACUUGAGGCAAAGGUCCUCCACCACCCACAGUCACAUAUUUAAAGUCAUCCGGGCGGCGGCGCUCACCAUGCUGUCCAACGUCCCCUUUUACAUGCCCCCUGCGAAACAUGCGGAGUUUACAAGCAAGUGGAAUGAGAUUUAUGGGAACAACCUGCCUCCCCUGGCUCUCUACUGCCUGUUGUGCCCGGAGGACUCUGCCGCCCUGCAGUUUCUCAUCAGGUUUAUGGAUAGGAUGGCCGAAUACCCGGACUGGAAAGUGACCAGUGCGCCUAACGACGAGGUCCCCACCGCACACUCCCUCACUGGCUUCGCCACUGCUUAUGACUUCAUUUACAACUACCUGGAUGAGCAGCGGAGGGAAGUUUACCUCAAGAAAAUUCACUCUGAGACUGAGGAGCUGUACGAGCUCUCGAAGUACAGAGGGUGGGGGAAACAGUAUCUCCAAAAUCACCAAACCACCAACAUUUUAGCCAUGCUGACUGGUGCGUUAGUGGUCGGAUCGCACAACCAUCCGGAGUCGAUGAUCUGGAAACAGGUGGCAGUGAACUACAUGGAGAAAACGAUGUUUCUCCUCAGUCACGUCGUUGACGGCUCUCUGGACGAGGGGGUCGCCUACGGGAGCUACACGGCCAAGUCCAUCACGCAGUACGUCUUCUUAGCUCAGCGCCACUUCAACAUCGACAACGUGCAGAACAACUGGCUGCGGGAGCAUUUCAGCUUUUACUACGCCACCCUGUUGCCGGGGUUUCAGAGGACCGUCGGCAUCGCAGACUCCAACUACAACUGGUUCUACGGGCCGGAGAGCCAGCUCGUCUUCCUCGACACCUUCGUGAUGAGGAACGGGACGGGUAACUGGCUGGCUCAACAGAUCAGAAAGCACCGGCCCAAAGAUGGCCCCAUGGGGCAGUCGUCGGCGCAGCGCUGGGCUACACUUCACACAGAAUACAUCUGGUACAACCACCACCUCACCCCGCAGCCUCCAGCCGACUUUGGCAAAGCUAAGAUGCACAUUUUCUCUAACUGGGGUGUGGUUACCUACGGAGCGGGGCUUCCCAACGGUCAAGGUAACACUUUUGUCUCCUUUAAGUCCGGCAAGCUGGGUGGCCGUGCCGUCUACGACAUCGUCCACGACAAGCCUUACUCCUGGGUGGACGGCUGGAACAGCUUCAACCCGGGUCACGAGCACCCUGAUCAGAACUCUUUCACAUUUGCCCCUAAUGGGCAAGUGUUUGUGUCUGAAGCACUGUAUGGCCCAAAGCACAGCUAUCUCAACAAUGUUCUGGUGUUCAGUCCGUCUCCAACAAGUCAGUGUAACAGUCCGUGGGAGGGUCAGCUGGGGGAGUGCGCUAAGUGGCUGCGCUGGACCGACGAGGGCGUGGGUGAUGCCAGAGGGGAGGUGAUCGUCGCCUCCUCGCACAGAGACACCAUGUUCGUGAGCGGUGAAGCGGUAGCAGCUUACUCUCCCGCCAUGAAACUGAAGAGUGUGUUCAGAGCCUUAGUUCUGCUGAACUCUCAGACUCUGCUGGUGCUCGACCAUGUGGAGAAGUGGGCUGAUUCCCCCGUGACGUCCCUCAGCGCCUUUUUCCACAAUCUCGACAUUGACUUUAAAUACGUCCCUUUCAAAUUCAUGGACAAAUACAACGGCGCCAUGAUGGAUGUGUGGGACGCUCAUUACAAAAUGUUCUGGUUCGACAGCCAGGGUCACAGCCCCGAUACCAGGAUACAGGAGGCAGAGCAGGCAGCCGAGUUUAAAAAGAGGUGGACUCAGUAUGUCAAUGUCACUUUUCCGAUGACAGGCACAGUCAGCAGAGUAGCUUAUGUGUUACACGGGCCGUAUGUCAAAGUCUCCAGCUGUAGAUUUAUAGAUAAUAGCAAAAAUGGUGUCAGACUCUCUCUCACCAUAAAUAACACGGAGAAGAUCGUCUCCAUUGUGACAAACUAUGUAGACAUUGGAGCAAGGUUGACUUAUUUAGGAUUUGGAGGUCACGGUAAAGUUGAGGACAGAUAUCAAAUCACUCGAUAUGGCCUUGGGACGCAACUCAUCCCCAAACAAAUCAGCAGCGAUAAUCAGCUGUUCGACUUUGGCUUCACGGUCAACUUGAUAGCGGGGGUUGUUCUCUGUGUGGCCAUAGGAUUUUUGACCAUGCAGAGAAAGUUUUAUGUGUGUUUCAGCAGGCUUAUGCGUUACGCCCUCCUCUCCGUGCUCAUCCUGUGGAUCGUGGAGCUGCUGUUUAUGUCUAACAGCUGCGAUCAGCUUCUCUGCGGGGUAAAAUGGAAAGGUGCGGGUGCCAAAAGUGAAGUAAACAAACAAAUCAGACUGUACGAGCAGCACCAUCUCCCCCUGCCCACCGUCCUCAUAGCAACCCUUCCCGGAUCGGGAUCGGAGCUACUCAAGCACCUUUUCUACAACAGCUCGGACUUUGUUUACAUAAGAGUCCCCACCGAGCAUGUGGACAUUCCCGAGACCGAGUUCGAGUUUGACUCUCUGGUCGACGCCUGUGAGUGGUCAAGGUCGGACGCCGUGCACGGACGGUUUAAGAUUAUUCAGGGCUGGCUGCAUUCGCUGGUCCACAACACAAAGCUGCACUUGCAAAAUAUUCAGCUGGUGGAGGGCAGCAGGGUCAAACAGCCCCAGAGAGUCGGCCCCUCCAGGGACAGAAAGAAAAGAUCCAGGCGGAGAGAGCCGACGUCUGAGCUGAAGGGCAAACUGAGAGCCAGUCUGGACAGAGACGCUGAAUAUGUUAGGGAGAUGAGACGCCAUGUCGCGGAGUACCCUAACGCCCGGGUGGUCCUCAACAUGCGCAGCGGAAGCUGGGCGCUCAAACUGCCUUUCAUUCAGGAGGUUGUGGGACCUUCCCUCAGGACAAUCUACAUGGUGAGAGACCCUCGAGCGUGGAUUUAUCUCAUGGUUUAUAACAGCAAACCCAGCCUUUAUUCCCUUAAGAACAUCCCGCAGCACCUUUCCUUGAUAUUCAAGGAGGAUGCUGUCAGCGAUGGCUGCCCAACUGUGGCACCUGAGUUCAAGAUAAUCCAGAGGCUUCUCUCCCGUUCAGAGACAAACCCCGUCCUGAUACUGGCUCAUCUGUGGCUGGCUCACACCGCAGCAGUGCUGAGGGUCAGCGAGGGCCUCCCCGAGGAGUCCUACCUCCAAGUGAGGUUUGAGGACGUGGUCAACUCCCCGCAGGAGACGGCGGGGAACAUCCACACGUUUCUGGGGGUGCCCGUGUCACCCGCAGCCCUCAACCAACUAUUAUUCACCACCUCCACGAACCUGUACAAUCUAAUGUAUGAAGGAGACAUUUCACCAGCUAACAUUAACACGUGGAGGCAAAAUAUGCCUCGAAAGGACAUCAGACUGAUCGAGGAUGUCUGUGGGAGUGUGAUGAAGAGGCUGGGUUACACCCGGUCUGCAAGUUAAGUCACUGCUGCUGGUCAGCUGAUAUUGAGCUGUCUUGUUUACUGUCUCAUCCGGUUCUGAAAAGAAGCAUUGUUUUCUUUUUUUUUGUUUUUUGUUUUGCACUGACCUUGAGUUUCAGAGGAUGUUACAAGUGGAGGGAGAGCUGGGUAGCAUUUCUGCCUGUGUUUGGGUUUUAUUUUUCUGUGUCUGUUUGGGUGUAUGUAAGGUGGUGUUCAGACUACAGCAACAGAUGUUCGUGAGUGAGGAAUAUUGUACAUUAAAGUAGGCGGAAGGGAUCUUUAUUCUUCUCCCUCAGCAGCCCUUCACACUUACUUGUAGCACUCUUUUAUUGAAUGAGACUUUUAGACCUUUGCUGUCUUACAAGCAGAGGAAUACCACUGAAUUUCAGUGUAAAUUUUUAUGGUUGUUUUUUCUGCAGCAUCCUUCAGCCGUAUGAAAGAGAUUAUUUACUGUAUGUCUUACUUUUUCUCCCUAAUCUGAGAUGUCAGAGAGAUGUUUGUGCAGAAUCCAUAUCUGUUAUUUCUGGCAUUAUUUUUAGGGGGGGAAAUCAAGAGAUGUUUGGUACGCAAAUGUUAUAGCUCAUUAAGAUGUAAGAGUAUUUAUUAACAGUAGCUUUGGGAGAGAACUAAUUUGGCUGUCAGGAAUUUAAAGGUGCUAUUGAUAACAUUCAGCCCCUAAAUAUGGCGUCUCAUCUUCCCCCCGUCCAUCGCAUUUAUGAGUUCUUUGAAUCAUCUGCCCCUCAAGUGGUUGCCAGUUUGUUUUAGCUAACAUUGCUAACCCUAACAUAGCUAAUGCUAAUGUUGCUAAAGCCGACUACAGCUAACGUUGCCAAUGCUAAUGUUGCUAUUGCUUAAUGCCAAAUAGGACCUUAUUUGGAGCACAAAUUGUUCAGUUAUCAACAGGUAGAGACAAGUGAAAUUUCAACCCGGUUUGAAUUGUGCCACGAUUUACACAUAAGUCUCUGAGUUAUAAAGAUCAUUUCUGUAACUCAACUUUGUCAUUAAAAUAGUGACACCAACCUGGCCGCCAGCUCUGCGCAGAAAAGGUACUAAAAAAACUUAAAAUCACAAUAAAUCUGAUCAUUUUGAAAGCUGUAGUCAUGUGAAAGGAGAAUUUGUCAGUUUUGUGAAUUGCUGUUAUACAGGAGCAGCAUAUUACAGGUUUUGGUGACUUAGAAAAGUAGCUUUUAAAUUGACAAACAUCUUAUGUGUGAUUCAUGACAUAAUUCAAACAGUAUCCAACAAUUACUUGUCUCUCUUAGUUCCACUAUCAUAUAUGUUUUUGUCUGAAAUUAAGGUCCCAAAGCUCCACCGCUGCUGUCUGAAUCAUCUGACCCUCAAGUGGUUGCCAGUUUGCUACAGCUAUGAUUGCUAAUGCUAACAUUGCUAUCGCAGCUAAAGAUAGCUACGGCUAAUGUUGCCAAUGCAAGCUGACGUGUACGACGCUAAUGCUAGCUCGCUAACAUUAGUGCAGUUCAGUACGCUCUGCCAUUUUUACAUUCAUUUCCACUAACUGGCAACUACUGGAUAAAUACUGUAAAACUAUUGAUUCACAAUCAUAAUAAUGUUUUAAUUCUCCACCUUUCAACAAGCUGUGGAGAUGUAUCAUAUAUUUUUUAAAUGUUAUCAAUAUGACCUUUAAUAUCUGAACUUUGUGUGCUGUUUCCCUUUAAAACUUAAAAAAAAAAAAAAAGAUAAAAAUGCUGCACAUGUAGACUCCUGCAAAGCGGAUUUAAAAAAAAGGUGACAGUUGUGCUUUAUUGCUCUAAUAUAGACGUAUGAAUGAUAGGGACUGUAUUUUCAUUACAUCAGCAGAGCAGAGAGACUUUAUUUGAAGCUCGACGAUGUCAUGACGGGUUUGGUGGCUUAGCACUUUCACAGGGACUCCUUUGAUUGUACACGGGAUUCAGUGCAUUUUUGUUUUUCCAAAGCUAAACUUUACUGUACGUGCUCGAUUAGCUUGGAAACCUCUGAACAUAUUACGUCUUGAAGAAAGAAAGUUAGAAGAAGUAUUUAUGGAUUCCAAAGACACAUAUCCCAAAGGAUCAGGAGUGAAUAUGAUUAUUAUAACUCCCUUUGGCGUUUAUUGAAUUGGAUCAGAGGGAAGUGUUUAAUAGGGAUCAAACUGAAAAAAAAAGAAAAAAACCUGUCAGCCUUGACACAUUUCUAGUCAAAGCAAUUUCCAAAGCAUCCCCCUCAGCUCCUCAUAUUAAUCUGCAGAAUGCCACAACUCGAGUCGGUGUUGUUAAGGCUGUGCUGUCUUCACUACGCGGGCGAGAAAAAAAAAGAAGAAAAAAAGACGACACAAGUUUCCAUUUGCUGUUGUGGUCAAUCAGAUAACCAAUGAUCUUUUUUGGGGGAAGAGUGUUUUGUCUUGAAAGAGUUCAGCGAGCUGUGGACUGAACCGAACAAGGGGAUGAAUAUUAAGUCAAGCUCGAGAAUAAAGAAAAAAAAAAAGAGAAAAGGAAAAAAGAAGAAAAAAGGAGAGAGACCGUUCCGACUCUGUGAUGUUUUGCUCUUUGGCCCGGGUGAAAAAUGUCUCCUCGGUUGCCCUUUGAUGCCGUCUUUGCAUCAACAUGUCUGUACUGUAAAUUAAUCACAUGUGACAUGCGGAUGAUUUUACGCAAUUAUAGACUUCCUGUUGCAUCUGUAACACACACAAAAAACCACCACAAAUGUACUGGAAAUAUUCUUCAUCCCUCAGCUAGAAAAAACAGUACUGUUUGUUUUCUUCUCUACGAACACUGAGAACCCUUGACUGCCUGGAAAACCCGUUUGAUGUUUUGUGGUCUUUGAAUGUGUGUAGACUUGGCAGACAUGCUUUCACUUUGGUGUUGCAAUCCUGUUACCAACUCUGUUUUGUAUUUGCUCGUGGGGAUAUGGUUCCUUGCUUCUGUGGCCUUGAAUUACAAUCAUUUUUCUUUAUAAUGUUUUUUUCCCCCCUCCUUUCUGUGGGCUCCGGAGCAGGAGGCAGAGAUCAUGUAAGAGGAAAUAAUAAAUUCAUAAAUAUAUCAGCAAA